AUGAACAAUCCUCGCGAUCCAACCCGGUUGCGCCAGGGUCUCAAUCCGCUGUUAACUCAGUCUCUGGGUGCAUACCACAACCAGGCUCACACGCCGCUGUCAGCCGUGUCCUCAUCGCACUUACACUCAGCUGCUCACACGCCGGCAAGCGCAAUACAACCUUACAACCCACAAGAAUGGAUAGCUUCACCUGCUGCUGGAUCCGAAAGGUCUCAUCAAUCCCAUCAGUUUCCUGAGCAAGGAUCACCAUUGCCUCCGCCUCCUUAUAGUCCACCACGAAGCCAGCGACCACAAAGCGGUUUUUUCGAGUCUUCACCAGCGGCCAAUACAUCGGCAGCACGUAUUCCUCCGACGAAUCUUCACAGACCGUCCCCAGAGCCUUCGACGAAUACAUCGUUUCCUCCCCCGCCGGGGACCGGAGGUCGGACAAGCUCACGCGAAAGGCGCUUCGGUUUUCAUUCCUUGAGACGGAGCAGAGAGCCCCAAGAAUCAAGCCCUCCGGAGCCGAUGCCGCCUAUGCCGUUGCCAGGGCCAACACCUCUUCAGAUUCAGAUCCCGCAUCCAAUGCCACACCACAACGAUCCAAACUCAUCUCACGGUCCGCCCGGUGCUCGAAGAGCGGCUUCCGCCAGUGCAGUCGAGACACCAACCUCAGCCCGCUCACGUUCGGCGUCUCAGUCAAGAUGGGAACCGGGAAUGCCCCUCCCGCCGCCACCUCCAGUCCCACCACCAGCUUCGUCUCGAUCACAGAGCGUGCAGAGCGGGCCGAGAACGACUACGCCUGUGGCUUCUCCGCCAACAAGGCGUCCUCCGCCAACUGGCGUUGCGGCCCUUGGGCCAGUACCUCCGACUCCUGCAGACUGGGUUGAUCAACCCGAGGAACCCAGUAGCUCUUCACACCGGAGACACUCUCCAAGAUUGACCAUCGAUACUGCUAGUGCUGCGAGCUCUGCACAGACCGGAGAGUCGAGCAAUUCCGGCGCGUUGAGCUCUGGUGGCAGUCUGAGUCGGGCGAGAGCAGUCCGCCACGACAAGACCAUCGUUCAGCGCCGUGCCGAGAGUCGGACCAGACCGCAUAACUCCAUAGACGGGACCAUCAACCCAGUUCAGCUCAACGACAUUGUUGUUCCGAAUGAAAAUACACUGUCUCGCAGGUUGACGAUCAACAGAUCGGGACCAAGAAGCGGGGGGCGGACAUCCAACGACACGCCCCGGACCGACGAGCAUUCGACUACGCCGCGGGCGCCUGCUUCGUCGUCUUCACGAACCCGAAUUGAAGCGGCAACGCCGCCGUUCUCACCUCAUCCGUCAAAGGGCACACCCAUGAUGGAUGGAUCACCAAGCGUCUUGCCAAAGGCGCUGCCAACGCCGCCGCCACAAACCCGAUCAGCAUCGAGCUCUCAGACAAGAUUCAGCUCCAUGACGCCUGCGGACGGCCCUUCGUCCGCGUCCAUCUUGUCCACAAAGCAUAUUGUCAUUACGCAGACCGCGGAUCAGUUUUGCUGCGAAACGAUUGAGCGAUUCCAGGCAUUCGCUACCCAAGAGUCCACUGCGGCAACCGACGCCGAGCGGGUUCGCAUGUUUGCAGACUUCAUCGUGAACGAGUCCAGGAUCAGGCGCGAAAGAUAUUCAUCUGCCAUCGGCGCAAUGGGCUCCGAGAUCUUUGACUUGACCAGGGAUCUCUUCCGCCCCAUGGUCACGCGGCGUGAGUCGACAACUUCCCAGGCUGAGUGGACACCCCAGUCAUCUGAACCUACACGAUCCCAUCGCGGAUCGAUGAACUCGGUCUAUCGCGAGACGCCCGGGGAAUCUAGUUCCGCUCCUACGUCUGCGAACGUUCCGGGCUCGCCCAUUGUACCUUCGGCAAACAACCCAAACUACUCUUCCAACUACAUGCCAUCGCUGUCUCCGAUAUUGAGUCUCAGCGUGAGUGACAAUCACGAUGAUGGGGACUCCCGGGGCCGGCCUGCCAGUAGAUGGUGGGAGGCAGACUCGUCAGGGGCAGGAGGGAAAUUUGUCGAAAGGUCCAAGAGAGAGUCCAAGUAUAUGGGCGUGCCAAAGGAGGCUCACGAAGCCUUGCAAUGGGAGGAUAGCCCGCAAGCAGGCCCUAGCAACCCGAGAUCUUCGGGCGAGUAUCCGCCCGAGAAGACAGGUUGGCAUGACCUGAAUGAGCCCGUGGUCACGCCGCAGCCACUCCGGUACUCAUCGGAAUCUCUGGGGUCCUCAGCUUCGCCGACGACGCCGAAUCCAGCCCACCUGGACGUCUCUCGACUGGUCACUCUCCCGCCGCCGUACCCUCGUCACCACCCAGCCGUAAACAACAACCACCCAGAAUUGACCGAGACUAGAGUGGCAGUUCGUCAGAUCAGCGACCUGUCCGAGAUUGAAACUACAAAAGAAAGAUUCCAAGUCACCAGCGCAAAGAAGCGUGAAGAAGCCGCAAAAGCCUCCACCGAGAGGCGACGUGCUGUGCGCUCCAACUUACAGCAAGAAAUUGACGUCGGCAACAUGACGUUCGCCGAUGCAUCAGCCAUCGAACAAGACUCGGUAGCAGCCGAAAAGGAUAAACUCAAAGAGCUGGGCAAGACAGAGUUCGAGCAGUUCCAAAGCCAGGUCGUCAUGCCCCUAAACGACCUCAUCACCGGGCGCAUCGCCCAGGCAACGACCCUCUUCGACAAGCUGGCGGGCGGCCUCUUUGACGACGUCGCCAGCGCCGCCGACAUGCCCCAGGAAGAAGGCGACGACAAGCCCGAGCUUCUCGAGAAGCUAACGCUGCUCAAAUGGAUCUUUGAGGCGCGGGAGAUGCUGCACCGCGCCAUCUUUGACGUCCUCACCGACCGCAACAACCGCUACCGCGACGUCGUCCUCACGCCCUACCGCCUGGCCGGCAACGAGGAAAAGCUCCAAAACGCCGUCGCCUUCUUCGCCGAGGACGCCGCGAAGCGGCAGCUGGCGUUCACGCACGAGGUGUUUGCGCGCACGCAAGAGUUCCAGGCCGUCAUGGAGCGCAACGUCAUGCGCGGCGUCGAGGUGCAGCUCUCUGCGUUUUGGGAUAUUGCACCGCCUCUGUGCCGGCUGCUCGACAAAAUCACGCCGGCUGACCCUGAGGUGCUGCACAUUCAGAUCCCGUCGGAUGAGUAUGACGAGAACCCGUCGUAUCGCCGGCAUCCGCUGCAGUACCUCUUUAGUCUGCUGCUGCACACGGAGAAGAGCACGUACCAGUUCAUUGAGUCGCAGACGAACCUCUUGUGUCUGCUUCACGAGGUGAAGGAAGCUGUCACGCACGCGAAAGCCAAGGUGGUGCAGAACGAGAUGGACGAUGGGCGGGGCAGGGAGUUUAGCGCCGAGGAGCGGGAAGCGCGCGCACACCGUCUUCGCGAGGAGGAAGGUCGUAUGCUGACGGACGACUUGAAGGAAAAGGUGCGUGUCGUGCAGGACCAGUGGACGAGUGCGCUGGGCGAGAAUAUCAAGAAUGUGAAGCAGAUGUUGGGUGAGUAUCUGCUCGAGACGGGAGGGUGGGAUGAGACUCUGGAGGAGGGCGGUGUCGGCAGCGUCUAA